AUGUCGAAGCCUGCUAUCGUACCAGAGACGACUGCCUCUGGGAUCGCUGUCGACCCGAGAACCCUUGAGCGCGUCAUCCCAGAGUCUCGCAGACCGGAUGGCUCCAUCCGCAAAGAAAAAAAGGUCCGCCCAGGUUACACACCCCAAGAAGACGUCCGCCGCUUCCGGGGCACGCGACAGGCGCAGAUGGACGUUAACACGCUACCGAAGGGACAUAUCAUUGGUUGGGCACCCCCACCGUCU